AGCGUUUCCAACUUUUCUUGGGGGGGACAACCAACCAGUAGGACAUCCAGCUUCCGUUUUUACCACAUUCUGAAGCAGUUUUCUAGCAAUAUAUUUCUUGAAAUUCACCACCAUAAUUUCCCUCUUCACAAAGACACACUGAGGAACUCCGCAGCUUUGCUUUUUCUUUUUUUCCCUCGGUCCAAAAACUCGGACUCCUUUAUGUGAGGGAUCCUUUUUCCAUCAACAAACCAGUCAGUCGGUGAGGCAACCAGCAUUACCACAGAGGAGAAAACAUCCAGCAGGACAGUGAAGACACUGACAGUCAGCCAGCGGGAGACACCCAAAGCCCCUGAGAUAUUGAACUGGUCUGACCAACUUACCAACCAGUAAGACAAGUUAACCAGACGGAACUGCAGCCAUGUUGAUCAUCUUAGCCUUCAUCAUCCUCUUCCAUCUGGCCGCAGCCAUCCUCCUCUUUGUUUCAACCAUUCACAAUGCUUGGUGGGUGGUGUCACCGACAGGAUACGAUGUGAUCUACGCUGACCUGUGGUACUCCUGUAACGCCACCUGCUAUCCUAUAGAGAACAGCCACACUGCUGAUGCAGCCUAUCUGCAGACUGUCCAGGCCACCAUGAUCCUCGCCACCAUUUUGUGCUGCGUCAGCUUCUUCGUCUUCAUCCUUCAGCUCUUCAGACUAGACCAGGGAGAGAGAUUCAUUUUCACCUCUUUUAUCCAGCUCCUGGCCUCUUUAUGCGUGAUGAUCGCAGCCUCCGUCUACACGGCCCAGAAACAGAGCUUCCAUGUGGCCAGUCUUCAGCAAGGCUCGUACGGUUCCUCUUACAUCCUGGCUUGGAUCAGCUUCCCCAUGACUCUCCUCAGCGGCGUGAUGUACCUGGUGCUGAGAAAACGCAAAUAGGAUGCGUCGGGCUCGAAAAACACAGGCACGCAGAAAUUCACAUCAUCAACACAUUAAAAAAAGAACACAUGGACACAAAUACAAAGAGACGUGCAGUUUACAAACAAGUAUGCAACUCUUUUCUAGACCUUAGAAUUUAUAAUAUAAAAGUUCUACAGCACAAAUCAGCAAUAAGUUCACGUCUCAGGUUCAGAAUCCACCAGUAAAGCAUUUUAAUCCACUCUACAUACUCAAACCUCAAUUAUGGGAAGAUUUGUCUUACUGGGACGCUCCCCCCUGGACUUUCCAAAGGGUCCAUACAUUAUUUUGUGAAGCUAUUGUUUUAAGGAAUUCAGUGUGUACAUAUUUGCUUAGUAUGUAUAGAUCAGUCAGUUUCAACAAAACUAUUUCUGAGGCUUAAAAAUGAUAUAUAUAUAAAACUAAAAAAAAACAUUUAAAAAAAAAAGGAUCUUGUGUUAACCCUAGCAUGUAGGAAGGAUGUGUAUUGAAGCAUUAGUUGAGGUGUGAUAUGUAGGAUUUUUUUUAACCUGUCUUGUGUUACUGACUUGUGUUUGAAUGGUGAAAAAGGAACCAAUGAUGUGCUGUGAUUUUUCAGAUGACAACAUAGAAACAUGCAAACUUGAAAUAGGAAUGAAUAUUUCUUUGUUUUUGUUGUGCUUUUGUCUUUCUGUCACAGCGUCAGUGGGGGGGAAAAAACUCAAGCUAUUUAUUGUUUAAAACCACUGUUGUGUAUUUUAGCAUGAUGUGACUGAGGGGGUAUGAAGGGCUGGGCUACUGUUUGAUUGGCUCAUUACUAAAACACCCCAAAACAAUUAUUACCCUCCUUUGUUUUGCAUUGUAACAGUGAAUUAGAACGUUUAUUGUACCUGUUACUCAUUUCCUAAAAUGAUCGUUAUCUAUAGACUUUGAAGUGAUAAUGUUGUGGUUACCAAAUAGCACUGGGGAAACUGUUUUUAUUUGUUUUUCUCAAUUUUAGGAUGAAACGGUUAAGGGAGACCAGCUUUAUUACCUUUGCUAGGACUUUCUUGGAUACAAGCAAUAUCAACAAGUCCUACUUAUUGGCUCCCAUGGGGGUUCAUUGGGUUGUCUUGUAAUAGAAAUGAUUUGAGGUUGCUUACCUAUGAUCUCCAUCGUAGGUAUGCUUUAAUGAAGAUUCCGGGGGAAAGAAAUGGUAUUGGACUUUUUGCUCUGCUAUCUGAGGGUGAUACUUGAAAAUGAUCAAAACAAGAUAUUGGAGGCCAAGAUUGUGAUGUUUGUAGAGCAUGCGUUUGUGUAAAGUUGUCAUCUUUAGAGUGAUUCUCUUUAUUUUAAGCCUGUUUUGCAUGCACGUUUUUGUCCUUCUUCAGAUCCUUUUUUUAACUUAUAUUGAAAUGAAACGAGAGUUGUUGCGAAGGAAACAUAAAGAUGAACACAGAUAAUCAACAGGAAUUAACUUCAAAGGGUUGAUUUAUCAGAGCUAUUCUUUAUUUGGAAUUGCAACAAUCUCGUUUAUUUUGUGGUUGUGACUAUUUACUUGUCGAGUGUUUUUUUUUAUGGUAGUGUAGUGGAUGUACUGUAUCCUUGUUUUUGUAGAUCAAUACAAAUAACCACAGGAUAAUAUUAGAAGCAAAUAAUCUUAAAUUCAACCAAAAAAUGUGGAUUUGUUUUUAAAGUUUUUUUUGUGCAUUUGAAAUAUUUUUAACGCUAACUGAAGUAUUAACUUUAUAUUGAUCAAGGCGCUUGUUUUGUUUUGUUAUGGAAGUAAAUUGAAGAGUAUCAUUCAUUAGGAAGAUAAAAAAACCGUUUUAUUUCCCUGCGUAGAUUAUUCCAAAAUGUAGUUUUGAGUUUUUAUGUCUCUCACUGGCUCCUUUUGCUUUGACUAAUUUGAUAAAAA